CACCAACACGAUGAUGGCAGCAACUCGAGCGUCGCGCCGGGCCCUCGGCGGCGCCGCCAUGGCCCUCGGCAUGGGUCUGGGCCUCCUGACGACGCCGUCGCCGACCGAGAGCAAGACGCUCACGACCAAGCGCUGGCACUUUUACCGAGGCAAGAUGCACCCGGACAUUGCCAAGUCGGUCAAGCUCUUCAAGUGCGGCGAGACGCCGAUCGCGGACGAGAUCGCCGACUACUUGGGCGUCGAGCUGAGCCCGAUGGCCGUCAACCAGUUUGCGGACGGCGAAACGAGCAUCGCGGUCAACGCCAACGUGCGCGGCCAGAAGGUCUACAUCGUCUGCUCGACGAUCACGGUCGACCGCAUCAUGGAGCUGCUCCUCUCGAUCGCCGCCAUGCGUCGCGCGUCCGCCAAGACCAUCGUCGCCGUCAUCCCGUUCUACGGCUACGCGCGGCAGGACAUGAUCAAGGGCCGCGAACCGAUUGCGGCGGCCGACAUUGCCCAUAUGCUCGAAGAGAUGGGCGUCGACCACGUCGUGACGGUCGAUCUCCACAGCGCGCAGAUCGAAGGCUUCUUCAAGCCCACGAUUCCCGUCGACAACCUCGGCGCGUCGCCGAUCGGGUCCGUGUACUUUUCGGAGCUCCAGCUCGCGAAUCCGUGCGUGAUUGCGCCGCACGCGUCCGCCGUGCCCAAGUCGGUCAUCUUCCGCGACAUUCUCUCGCGCACCUACGACGAGAGUCUUCCAAUGGCCAUUGUCGUCAAGAAGCACCACGUCGACCGGUCCAAGCCCGGCGAGGUCGUCGGCGACGUCAAGGGCAAGGACUGCAUCGUCGUCGACAACCUCAUCGACACGGGCUCGACCUUGAUUGACGUGGCCAAGCUCCUGAAAAGCCAAGGCGCGACGUCUGUGAGCGCGUUCUGCGUCCAUGGUCGGUACUCGUCGACGGCGGUCGAUGACGUGAACGCGUGCCCCGACCUCGACUUGCUCGUGACGACCAACACGAUUCCCGAGUCGCUCGAGGCCGCCAAGUCGGACAAGAUCGUGACGCUGAGCGUCGCACCCUUCCUCGCCGAAGCCAUCUCGUGCAUCCACACGAAAGGCUCCAUGUCCCAAAAGUUCUCGACGCGCUAAGGUCGCCCCAGAAACACCGAGACCCUUGCACACGUUUACCCUCCACCCUGCAGCAACCAGUGUGAUUCACAG